GAAAGUAUAUGCAAAAAGCAGAGGCAACGAUAGUCACUAGUGAGUAGUGAGUACACUCUGAGAUGGCAGCAGCGAGUAGCAAGAUUCUGGUGAUCGGAGGCACCGGCUACAUUGGGAAAUUCGUGGUGGAAACCAGCGCCAAGACCGGCCACCCAACCUUCCUUCUUGUCAGGGAAUCCACUCUUUCCAACCCAGAAAAGGCCCAAAUUAUCGACAAAUUCAAGACCCUGGGGGUCAAUCUUAUUUCGGGAGAUCUGUAUGAUCACGAAAGUUUGGUGAAGGCCAUCAAGCAGGUGGACGUCGUCAUCUCUACCGUCGGACAUGCCCAGUUAGCUGAUCAAGACAAGAUCAUUUCUGCCAUCAAGGAGGCAGGAAAUGUCAAGAGAUUUCUUCCCUCGGAAUUCGGGAAUGAUGUGGACCGAACUACCGCAGUUGAUCCCGCAAAGAGUGCAUUUGCUACCAAGUCCAAAAUUCGUCGAACCGUUGAGGCUGAAGGAAUUCCGUACACCUAUGUGUCUUCCAACUUCUUUGCUGGUUACUUUCUACCCAAUCUGUCACAGCCUGGAGCUACCUCUCCCCCAAGAGACAAAGUUGUUAUCCUUGGGGAUGGAAACGCCAAAUCUGUUUGGAACAAGGAAGAGGACAUCGCAGCUUACACCAUCAAAGCGGUGGAUGAUCCAAGAACCUUGAAUAAAAUUCUCUAUAUCAGACCUCCAGCUAAUACCUUGUCAUUCAAUGAAUUAGUGUCUCUCUGGGAGAACAAGAUUGGUAAGACUCUUGAGAAGGUCUAUGUACCGGAAGAACAAGUCCUCAAGCAAAUUCAAGAGUCUGCCCCACCCUUGAACGUGGUCCUUUCUAUUACCCAUGCUGUGUAUGUGAAGGGGGAUCAAACUAACUUUGAAAUUGAGGAAUCUUUUGGAGUGGAGGCAUCGCAGCUCUAUCCCGAUGUCAAAUACACAACUGUGGAUGAGUAUCUUAAUCAGUUUGUCUGAUAGUUGGAUGUUUAUUUUAGGUGAAUUAUCUAAAUAACAUGUCAUGUAAUAGGGUGCUAUGUUCACCUUUAUUGAAUCCUAUUCUAUUUUAUGCUCU